UACAACACCAGCUUUACAACAUCAGCUUUACAACACCAGCUUUACAAUACCAGCUUUACAACAUUCUCCCCCUUCUUUUCCCUCCAGGAACUUCUCAGUGAUUGAUCCACUCUCACGUUUAGACAUGUGCACCUGAAGCCAAAGAAGAGGCUAGCUAUUAACAUACUGAGUCACUGUGUCAAAAAGACUGCAUGUCUGUGCCUGCUCACUCUCUACUUCUCACUGUGUUACUCUCUCUCUCCCGCUCUCUCUCUUUCUGUUUCUCACUGUGGUUGGUUCAUGUCAAUGGCAGACAUUUCAUUUGGUUUAGGAUUACUCUGACAUGUUGACAGACCAGGAUUCAGUUUCAGGGGAUGUGAGAUCUUUCAUUAACUGCUGUUCUUUUGACAAGAAGAGUUGACAAUAAUUCAACACAGCACCAUGAGUGAGUCAGUAGAAUCCACAUCAUCAUCAUCAACAUCACACCCUGUGGACAAAGACCAGUCAUCCUCCUGCCCUGCUGCCGCAGCCCCUCGCAAAACAGUCCGGCUCCAGGAGAGACGGGGAUCCAAUGUGUCCCUGGUGCUGGGCGUGAGCAGUCUCAGUCUGGAAGCAGUGGAGACCCUAUGCUCCAUCUCCACUCCCAGAGAGACCAUCCUCCACCUGCUGAGGACCUCAACACGCCCUCUGACCCCCUCUCAGCUGCAGGAGGCGUCUGAAGAGACCAGCAGGCUGAACUCAGAGUACCAGAAAAUUCCUCCAAACUUUGUGAAUCCUUCAGAGCUGGAUAUUCCAGGACGAGCUUUAAAGGACAGAUACAAGACCAUACUGCCAAAUCCUGAGACCCGUGUGUGUCUGAGGAACCCCGCAGCAGAGGAGGCGAGUGAGACUGAGAGAUACAUCAACGCUAACUACAUAAAGGGUUACAACGGUGCACCUAGCGCCUACAUCGCCACCCAGGGCCCCAUGCUCAACACCGUGCACGACUUCUGGGAAAUGGUGUGGCAGGAGAGAUCCACCACCAUUGUCAUGAUCACCAAGCUGAAGGAGAAGAAGGAGAAGUGUGAGCUUUACUGGCCAGAGAAGGAGGGCAGCUAUGGCAGAUUUGAGCUCAGAGUGGCCAUUGUGAAAGAAUGUGAUGGCUACACAAUUCGAGACAUAAUUAUUCAGGUGGGCUCAGAGAGCAGGCAGGUGAGGCACUACUGGUACUCCACAUGGCCAGACCACCAGACUCCAGACUGUACUGGACCUCUGCUCAGACUGGUGGCGGACGUGGAGGAACACAAGCAGUCCCACCCCGGCCUAGGAACCACCAUCGUCCAUUGCAGUGCAGGGAUUGGUAGAACUGGUUGUUUCAUCGCCAGCAGCAUUGGAUGCCUGCAGCUAAAACACACCAGUAAGGCUGACGUGCUUGGAAUCGUCUGCAAGUUACGCCUCGACAGGGGUGGUAUGAUACAGACCAGUGAGCAGUACCAGUUCCUGUACCUUACCCUGGCCCAGUACAGCCGACAGCUGGUGAACACAGACUGUGGCUCAGAGAGCCCUGUCCCUGUCCAGACUGGCAGUACUACAGGAGAAACGCGGUGACAGAGAAAGCCCAGCUGAAGCUCUGUCUUUCUGUAUGGGAGAACAAGAUUCUGGAAAUCUGUCUUUCUGUAUGGGAGAACAA